UUUUCAGUGGUUGUCGGCGCAGCUUUGAACGCGCCCGCUCUUUCGAAUCGAUUUUGUACGAGCGGGCUUCACACCGACCUCCGUUCCGAUUCCUCUCCCUUCGCACGCUCAGAUAUCCCAUGUCCCGUGUACGUGUUGGCCCGUUCCCAACGCAAUUCUCAUCCUGAUAACGCAACGUGCCCGAAACAAUACAUAUCCUUCGUCCAAUUAUACACCCAGAUAAAACAGUGUCCAAACAAGUAGCCGAAUUUUUAUACGUCUUAAAACGAAAUGGGCAAACAUCUGCAAACUGUUGCCGCAAUGGCUUGCAUGAAGAGCCUGUUGAUGGUCUUCAAUUUUGUGUUUUGGAUAUCCGGCAUAGCCAUUCUGGCGAUAGGAAUAUGGAUGGAAAUCGAACUUUACAAGUACAUGGAAAUGAGCACGGAGUUCAGCGGCACAGCCCCUUACGUGCUGAUAGGAACCGGAUCCUUGAUCAUCGUCAUAGGAUCGUUCGCCUGUUGCUGUACUGUUAAAGGACAACCAGUUCUGCUUUACGUCUAUGGAGCAUUUUUGGCCAUAGUCUUCGUCCUGGAACUGGGCGCAGGAGUUUCCAUUUUUGCAUACAGAACCAAACUGACAGAAGGUUUCGACAAAGGACUAACCCAAGCAAUGAUCAAGUACCGAAACGACAGCGGACAUUUGGCCGAAGACUUCGAUCUAAUGCAGAAAACGUUGCACUGUUGCGGAAAUCACAAUUCGAACGACUGGCUGAACAUGUCGCCGCCGAUGCCCAUACCGAGUUCCUGCUGCAUCAAGGAGAGAUGCGACAGUUCCCGCGACGAAGAGAUUUACACUCAGGGCUGCUACAACAAAGUGAUCGACUUCUUGGACGCCAACAUCGGAAUUGUCGCAGGAGCAGCGGUCGGCAUAGCCUUCUUCCCUCUAAUAGGAGUGGUACUGUCUUGCUGCCUGGCGAGCGUCAUAAACAAAGCCAAAUAUGAACAGAUGGCUUGAAUUUACUCCUGCAUUCUCUAAAAAACUAUUUCAACUCUCAAUGUUUAAUCUAUUUAACUUAUAUGCUAUUAACAAAACUCUGAUAUUUAAGCUUAUGCAUACGUGUACGUAUUUAUUGACGGGAGUCUUUUGAGGGAAGCGUCGUGUCAAUUUUCGUUAGUCAAUUACAAAAUCGGAUUGGAUUAUUUGAAAUGACUCAAAUGACUCUCUUUUACUUAUACUACUUAAAAUUGUAUUUUGAUUUUCGGUAUGUUCGGCAAAUAUAAUCAUAGUCCAAUAUUUCUAUAAAAACUAUAUUAAGAAUAUCUGUGAUUAUUUAUUAAAUGCACUGUACUAUAUUUUUCACCUAAAUCUAGUUAUAUAUUUUGGACAUACUGAAGGUGUCUUUUAAAAGAACAAUUUAUCAUGUGAAACGUUCAAUUUGAACGUCGAAAUAUGCGGUAAACAUGUAAUUUACCGUGUGUUUUGUGUUUUUACGAAUUGUUCUUUAUAUUUAUCUACUAUUGAUGUAUUUUUAUUAUUAUAUAAAGAUUGAAACUAUUAUUCCUAUGGGGGAUUUAAAUCAACUCAAUUUUAUGAUUGUUGCGAUUGAGAAUUAAGACUUGCGAAAGUAUUAUAAAAAGUUUAUAUUUAUUAUGUGUAUUACAUGAUAUAUUAUGUACUUGAUAUUGAUGUAUUUUUGAAGAUAUAAAUAAAAUUUAUGUGGAAAUUGUGUUUAA